AUGUUUGGGCUGGGUCUUUUAAUCUUGUGCUUGCACAGUGUUGCUGCAUCGUACACAAACGACGACCUGAGGUCCUUUAUGACUUUGCCGGACGUCAGGGCCCUCAAAUUUCACAUCACGUACAAAGACCGCAGUCGCGUGGCACCUGGAUAUUGGUUCGUAUCACCAUAUCUGCACAUCGAGCCAGAUAAUCCUACUAGCUUGUAUGAACCGUAUCAGGUUGGUCCACACAUCUACGACCAAGAUGGUCAUCUCAUCUGGACCGGGUCUCCAAUGUUUGAGAACCGCAAUGUCUUCGAUUUCAAGGUCGUGAACAGCAUCGGCAAGGAGCCACAUAUCUCCUUGAUUCUGCAAUACUCACAUGAUCGAAGCGAGCCCGGUUAUGGCAUCAUUUUGGACCAGAAAUAUGAGGUCUUUCAGAAGACUCCAUUGAGGCAGGAUCUCGGAGUUUUCGACAUUCACGAGUUUAAUGUGCUGAAGAACGGCAAUAGUGCUUUGGUCACGGUCUAUCUCAGCGAAGAGAUAGGGUUGGAAGAACUCGGUCGUCCAACCGAAAAGACUUGGCUGGAGCUUGGUGGCUUUGCCGAGAUCGACCUGAAAACUGCCGAAGUGAUCUACUCAUGGAGAUCAUACAAUCAGAUACCCCUGAAAGAGACAGUUCAUUAUGACCAGGCCUCGCCAGUAGAGGGCCUUCCGGGGUGGGAUUACGUGCAUAUCAACUCGGUCGAUAAAAACGACAACGGCGACUACCUCAUUUCCAUGCGGUUCACCAAUACGAUCUACCUUGUCAACGGCAAGGAUGGUCACAUCAUGUGGCGUCUCAACGGGCAGCAUCGUGGAGAUUUCGAGCAGGACUUUAUUUUCUCCAAGCAACAUGAUGCCAGGUUCUUGGAAUCGACUGGAACCCACCAUAUUAUUUCGUUUUUGAACAACGCAUCUGACGAGGAAUUUGCCGAAGAGACAGUAUCAUCAGCCCUCAUCGUCGAGGUUGAAUCCGGCACGGUUCCCAUGACUGCAAGAGUGCUCCAGCGCUACAACCGUCCCGACAACGAGCUCACGCGGCUUCGUGGCAACUCGCAGGUGCUUCCCAAUCGGAACGUGUUCGUGUGUUGGAGCCAAGGCGGCUUCAUCACCGAGUUUUCGUUCGAGGGCGAACAGCUCAUGAGCGCCCGGUUCAACUCCUCACGCUACUCCAAUUAUCGGGCCUACAAAUUUGAGUUUGUCGGCCGACCCCAUGCCCCUCCCAACUUGGUCUCGUCUGUGGUUGGGACUGAUGAGUCCAACUUGGUCACGAACAUGUGGGUGAGCUGGAACGGCGCCACCGAGGUCGCGUCCUGGAGGUUCUACGCGCGUGCUUCAGAAUUCGAUCCCCCUAUCAUGGUCGGACUUGCAUCGAAGACGGAUUUUGAGAUCAUGUUCACCGCCAAGGGCUAUCUAGAUUGGGUGAGUGCUGAAGCGGUCGAUCUUCAGGGCCAAGUGCUUGGAACGUCGAAAAUACAUCGAACAAAGCAUCCCGUUUGGAGAACAUCCGGAUGGAAGGGGCACGCAGCUCAGCCUCGGCCAAUAGACCCCAUGACAAUAUUUGCAGGAAGUGGCCACACCCCUGCUAACUCAACUCUGAGUGCAGUUCAUCCUGCCGCGGUGGACGAUGCUCUCGAGGCCCAAUUUCACAAGGCGGCGUCAAUUCUCACGAGCACUUACAAGACCAUUCGCAGUGUCGGAAUUCUUGUUGUCCUUAUUGCGCUGCUCGCAUUAGUGGUCGCUAUCAUAGCAACGUGCAUGCUGAUCCGUGGCUGGCGGGUGCAGCUGUAUCAGCGUAUUCCUGUGGCGGAAGACAUUUUCGAGCAAGCUAUCUCACUCCGACCAGAAAUGGCAGGUUGA